AUGAGCGAGGAAAAAGUCGAUUCGUUAGACGCCUACAUGGCGUCUUUGGAGCUGCCGUCAGGCAAUCAAUCAAUAUCUUUAGCUAAAGCAAGAGCUGAGUGCAAUAUCAGUCGCUCAGUUGUCCGUAAUGGCCUCCCCGUGACCGUAAAAAACCGCCGCUAUCGGCACCUUCAGCAGAUGCUAAAAGACACUUCUGAAGACCGCUUCUUCUCGGACGCCAUGAUGCAGCAGCGUAGCCCUGCGUUGUAUCAUUUCUACUUAGGACAGUAUAUGGGGCUUGACAUAAAAGCUAUGUCAUUAGUAGACAACGUAAAGCACACCUUAUCCUCCUUCCUAAUGGACACCUGUCAACGAAAUGAGAUGGAAGCUCGACGGGUGGCAGAGCAAAAAACAUGGGGACAGUUUACUGCUGCAGACGAAAAACAAGAAAAGAUUCGACUGCACCAUUUGUAUGAAGAAGAUUAUAGUGAGGAAGAGAAGGAGGAAGACGAAGACGAAGACGAUAGGACGGUGUGUACGAUUAACGAACGACGAGAACAACUUGUAGGAAUUAUGUGCACUCGAUUUUUAAAUGGUGAAGAUAAAGACUACAUCAGUUACGCAGCCAUCGAUGUUGACGAGACUCUUGACGACUUGGAUGAGAUACAACGCGAUGCAGAAGAUCACUACUUUGCGGACGGAAGAGAUACCAUCUGA